GGAGGAGGCCUUUGCUCUUUGCUGUGUUUUCCGCCUCAGUUAAGCUUCCGGCGCGAAGGUCACGGACAAGAUGGUGCCCCCAGUUCAGGUCUCUCCGCUCAUCAAGCUCGGCCGAUAUUCAGCCCUGGUCCUCGGCAUGGCCUACGGCGCCAAGCGCUACAGUUACCUAAAGCCCCGGGCAGAGGAGGAGAGGAGGGUGGCGGCGGAGGAAAAGAAGAGACUAGAUGAGCUGAAACGGAUUGAAAGAGAACGGGCAGAAGCUCAAGAUGACAGCAUACUCAAGUGAAGCGCCAGUGAGCUUGCCUUGCUUAAGUCGCUGAGGAUGAAUAAAGCUUUGUCGUGCGA